AUGCGUCGGGCGGUGUCCGCUAACGCAGCGGCCCAGCGCCGUCGUCGGGCCCGUAUGGCCGAGGCGGAGCGACAAGCUGAGGCCGAACAGAACGCGGCCCAGCAGCGAGCGCGCCGGCAGAGGGAGGCGGUGAGGGAGGCCGAGGCCGCUCGCCAGCGGGAGCGCGCGGACGACGACCGGGUGCGACAGCUCAACGCCGAGAGGCAGCGCGCGUUCCGAGCCGCACAGGAGGAGGAGGCCAGGCGGGCGGAGUUGGAGGCCAACGCUGAGCGCCUCCGCCAGCAGCGAGCGGCGCAAGAUGAAGAGGCCAGGCGGGCGGAGUUGGAGGCCAACGCUGAGCGCCUCCGCCUGCAGCGCGAGGCGCAUGAGGAGGAAGCGACGCAGGCCGAGCGUGAGGCCACCGCGGCGCGCGUCCGUCAACAUCGCGAGGAACAGGACGAGGACGCCAGGCACGCUCAGCGUGCUGAAGACGCCCGGCGCCAUCAGCAGCAGCGCGCUGCCGCCCGUGCGAGGCCAGCCUCGCUUGCGGCCCGCCGACCGGCGGACGUUUUGUCCGGCGAGCAGGUGGUGGAGGCAGAUGAUGUCGGUGCGAUGGUGAAAGUGUGUGCGUCGUGCGGAGCCCUGCGGUGGGCGGGUGAGCGCGCCACGUUCUGCUGUGCAGGCGGCAAGGUCCGCCUUGACCCGCUCCCGGCCCCGCCGCCAGUCUUACGCCGCCUUUGGACUGAUGACACCUUAGAGGCGCGCACCUUCCGGCAGUACGUCCGGCACCUCAACUCAGCGCUGGCCCUAUCGUCUUUGUCCGUGCGUGAGGUGCCGCCGCCUGCAGGCACCGGCGGGUACGCACCGUGUGUGGUGGUGCACGGGCGGCUGUACCACCGACUUGGGCCGCUGGAAGUCCCUGAAGACCGGCCACCCUCCUUCGCCCAGAUAUACAUAAGCGACCCGCUGGCCGAAGAUCCGGAGGCUGAAGCGGCCAUUCGACUCGGUCAUGUGCGCCUGCCGGCAGCGACCUCUGCCGCCGUGCAGCACCGGCUGCUGGACCUGCUGGGACAGCUUCAGGCCAUGCUGCGCCAUGUCAACCCCUGGGUGCACGAUUUCAUCAUGGCUGCCGAGGUCCUGGCACAGGAGGUGGAACACCGGCAGCUGAUCAUCAGCGUUGCAGCCCGACCCGCCGGCGAGCACGCGCGCCGCUACAACGCCGCCGAGGGACUGCGCGAGGUGGCGGUCCUCAUGGGAGAGGAGCCCGGACAGCACGACCUGGUACUGCGCCGCCGAGCUGAUGGCGGGACCGGCGUGCUGCAGACCAUCGAUGAGAGCCACCGAGCGUGUGACCCACUCCAUUUCGUCCUCCUGUUUCCUCUGGGGACUACAGGGUGGCACCCGGCGAUUGCUCAGGCGCCGCAGCCCGGCAGGGAGCGGCAGCGAAUGGUGACAACGCUCCAGUUUUACGCGUACCGGCUCCAGAUCAGGCCCCACCAGGACGACAGCCUUCACCGCGCCGGUCGCCUGUUUCAAGAGUUUGUCUGUAUGGCCUACGCCAAGGUCGAGGCCAUCCGGCUGAAGUACAUCUCCACCCACCAGCGCGAGAUCCGGGCGGACCUCUACCAGAGCGUCCGUGACGCCGUGGCGGCUGACGCGGAGCUCGGCCAGCAGGAGCAGCCCGAGGAGGGACGUGAGCAGGCUGGUGUACCGGUCGUCGGGAGACGAGUCGUUCUGCCGGCUACUUUCAUCGGUGGACCCCGCCAUAUGAGGCAACGUUACAUGGACGCCAUGGCCAUCGUGAGGGCCAAGGGGAAGCCGACCCUCUUCAUUACCAUCACGUGUAAUCCGAAGUGGCCGGAGAUCGCAAACGCCCUGUUGCCCGGACAGAAGCCCGAGGAUCGACCCGACUUGGUGGCGCGAGUGUUCCACCUCAAGCUCCGCCGCAUCAUCGGGGACCUGACCAAGCAGGCCGUCUUCGGCAAGCCGAGCGCCUUCAUGUGGGUCAUCGAGUUUCAGAAGCGCGGCCUGCCUCACUGUCAUCUCCUGCUCAUCCUGCAGCCGGAGGACCGGCCUCGGACCGGCGCCGAUGCGGACACGAUCGUCUCGGCGGAGCUGCCGGACCCCACCGAAUCGCCGCAGUCGGCCCGUCUGCAGCAGAUUGUCCUCACCAGCAUGGUUCACAACGAGUGCGGCGCUGCUCGGCCGACCGCCACCUGCAUGAAAGACGGUCAGUGCUCCAAACGGUUCCCGAAACCGCUCUCCCACGAGACCAUCUGGCAGGAGGACCGCACGUACCCCCAGUACCGGAGGCGCGGACCCGAGGACGGCGGCCAGCAGGCGGAGCACAAUGGGAGGAUGGUGACGAACCAGUGGGUCGUGCCCUACAAUCCGCUCCUCAGCCUUCGCUACGAGUGUCACAUCAACGUGGAGGUGUGCUCCUCUGUGGACGGAGUUAAGUACAUUUUUAUGUACAUUUACAAGGGCUCCGACCGGCAGAUGGUCCGCGCAGAUCAGCUGAUCGAGGCCGGUCAGGACGAGGUGGCAGCCUUCCGAGACCUCCGCUCCAUUGGUGCGAGCGAAGCAUGCUGGCGGCUGUUCAGCUUCGAGAUGAGCGACCGGUCACCAGCGGUGCUGGCGCUACAUGUUCAUCUCGAAGACCAUCAGCUGAUCUUCUUCCAGCCUGGGGAGGAGCGGCAGGCAGUGGCUGGGGAGCCGCGCCACACGCAGCUGACUGCCUGGAUGACCUACAACCGGGCGUCGGCCGGCGAGGACCCCGAGUGCCUCCGGGUGCUCUACCCGGACUUCCCCCAGAAGUAA